CCCAAAAAUAUCUUUACCACCAAAUUCAGAGAUAAAUUACAGAGUAAACCGUAACAGAACCUCCUCGCCUCUGACAGCCACCGGUUGCCGGAAUCCGAUUCGCCGGAAACACCUUCACCUUAGGUUUUCUAGCGAGACGGAGAUACAACAAUAAUAAUAACCAACGCCUCAUAUAUCUUUCUAGAUUCCAAUAAUAUUAAUGGCGAAAAAGAGGAAAUCAUUGGCAACGAGCCUCGACGAAGUGGAUCGGACGAUGUACUCUUCGUUCUGCAACGCCGCUAAUUCUCUCUCGCAGCUUUAUUCGCAGGCCAUGAGUCAUCAGAAGCUCUCAUUUCUCUCCGGUGAACGCCAUGGUUUGGAAAAGCUCUAUCAAUGGAUUUCUAAGCAAGAUGCUGAAGGUUUGAGAGUGACCUCUGAAGACAUACUAGCCUAUAUCGAGGCUGAGCUAGACUUAUCCGUGGAGGACCCACCAACGGCUCCAAGAACCGCACAGCAGAACCAGCAAGUCACCAACCCUUUUAUAAGUUCUGCGUCAUCUAGUGGGCCAAACAACGAUCAACAAUCCAAAAACUACAUUUUCUCAAACGCUUUAUCGAGCCCUGUUCGUCGAAGCCUUCAAAACUAUCAUAUAUCUCAAGAAGCGUAUGGUGUCAAGAAUAAUGAUCAUCAAGAUUCUUCAAUGGACAUGCAUGCAGAUAGCACAGGUCAUGAUUCUACUCAAUAAUAUAGCCCUUUUAAAGAUAUUCUGUGUUUUUGAAUGUCGAAAAAUGUCAAGAAAUUGUUCUUUUAGAAAUUAAACUAGUGGUGAAGGUAGUAAUUGCAUAUGGUGAAAAAAAAGCAAGUGUUUUUGAGGGAUGGAAAGCUGUGUGGAUCUUUUCAUGUUAUUUAUAAAGUUUGAGAUAUUUGGUUUGAUAAUUUUUUAUCUUUGAUGAACC